UAUGCGUCCUAUCCGAUACUGUCCAUCGAAUCGGGCAGAGUACAUAAUAAUCGUCGGACACCGCUUCAUGGUGCUACUGAGCACGCACACGCGUCGCUCUCGGAUCCCUUAACCGAUUUGAGUCCACGGGACCUUAACAUUUUGGAAGAACAUGGCCAAUGGAUGCUCUCCCAGGCUAUUCAGAAUUCUGAUACGUCGACUCUAAAACUUCUAAUUGGUUCUGGCAAAGUUGACCUGGACCGGCCGGACGAUGAAGGGCGCACACCGUUUUCACGUGCCGCCGAACACUCAGACAGAUCCAUUAUGAAGCUAUUAAUUGACUCCGGCGGAGUCAAUCUGGACUCUAAAGAUAAAAAUGGUAGAACGCCACUUUCCUACGCCGCCCAGUACUCAGAUGCGUCGACUGUUAAGCUUUUGGUUGAUUCUGGUACAGUCGAUGUGGAUUCCAAAGAUAACCAAGGGCGAACACCGCUAUCCUAUGCUGUCCAACACAUGGACCUAAGCAAUCUAAUUAGUUUGGUAAGGUUAUGGUGCGAUGAUGAGGUUGAACCCGGGCUCAACCCAAAUAAUAUUGUGCCCCGCAGGUCGCUUGCAGGCACUUCCACCUUGAAGACUUUGAUCGAUUGUGGCAAAGCCGACCCUAAUUCAAGAGAUACACACGGUCAGACACCGCUUGCAUACGCCGCUGAAUGUUCCGAUGCAGCAACCAUAAGGCUCUUGCUUGAGAGUCCUUUGGUUGACGUUGAUGCAAAGGAUAAUGCAGGGAGAACACCGUUUUUUGAAGCUAUUGCCAGUGGCAAUUUCGCUGCAGCGGAGGUACUUCUUAACUCGAAGAUGGUCAAUCACAAUCCUAGAGACAAUCAUGGAUAUGCACCGCUAUUCGAAUUUUUGGACCUUUACACUUAUCUCGAAACCCUGAAUGACGAUCAGGUAUUGGAAUGGAACAUCGAAGAGAUCGUUAAAACAGGCUACAACCGUCUUCUGAAAUUGCUGCUCAGAAGUAACGAUGUUAGUUUUGAUUUUCGAGAUCAUCUCGGCCAAACGCCCCUUUCAUAUGCUGCCGAAGAAUGCGGAUACUACGUUGUUAGGCUUAUGAUAGAAUCGGGAAAAGUUGACCCGGCAGAGCUCUUGUGAUGAUAGUGAAUCUCAGGAGUAAUGUAGUUACAGCUGGACUUAGCUGCCACAUAGUACAUACACUCACGAUACCAAUUGUACGUGGUGCGUGGCUCAUAGGCACCGGCCAUCAAUGAGACGUGUGCAAUGCCCGCUGCAGGGAAUACAU